GAAAUAUCAUGCCGAAAAAUUGUUCUGCAUAUAACUGUACCAAUAGGUACAGCAAACAUACAGAUAUUACUUUUCACAGAUUUCCUUUCAGCAAACCAACUGUUUUUAGACAAUGGCUGGAUAACACAUGCCGAGAUUACUUUUAUCCAAAAAAACAUAUGGUCAUCUGCUCAAUUCAUUUUACUACAGAUUGUUUCAGCGGUUUAGGCAACCACAAAAACCUGCUGUGGAAUGCUGUACCCACUCUCUACAUUCCCACCACCAAAAAAGUCAGGAAAAAGGCUCAAAAUGCUUCCAAAGUGUGUCAGUGUGUCCCAAGAAAAGAUGGAAACACAGAAUGGCCUGGACCCAGAAGAGAAACUACUAUCCAAAUCUGCAGAGGGCAACAAGAAACUUAUGCCUGCCCAUACCAUAACCCCACCAUGGGGCUCUCUGUUGACAACGUUGACAUCCGCAAACCGCUCGCCCACACCACGCCAUACACGCUGUCUGCCAUCUGCUCAGUACAGUUGAAGCCAGGAUUCAUCCAUGAAGAGCAUGCUUCUCCAGCGUGCCAGUGGCCAUCCAAGCAUGUCGUCAUCUCCGAUCACAAUUACUCACUGUCCGACCCAUGUGCAGUGAAGGCCCAGCUAUUCAAAACCUUGGAUACCAACAAAUGGCUCAACAGAAGGCUACAAAUGAAGAGCCAGCUGAUCAACAAGAUGAGGUUCAAAUUGAAGGCAGCAGAGUUGUCAAGUCUACGCAGCUGGACAAAUCUGUCCAGGGCUGCUGGUAAAGUAUCUAUAUGGCCAAGUGUACAGAGGAUAGCUGUGAAUGAUAUCAGCUGACCCAUUAAUUGACAUUGGUUUUAUUGGAAAGCUAUUUUGUAU